CAAAUUCACAAUAACUAGCAACAUUCACGAACACACUCCUGUCAGCUGUCAUGUAGAAGUGAAUCACAUCUGUUUUUGUUUUUUAUUUUUCGUAAAUAAAAUAUAAACAUCAACUAUGGCAGAAAAAUCCAAAGGUCCGCUCUUUCCCAUUGAGCCUGGUAAAAAGAAACCCAACUAUGGUACCAAUGACACCCUCACUCUGCUCGAACAGAUUCCAAGCCAAAUGGUCGAGAUGAAGCUCGACGAUGUGUUGACUGCCGUCAAGGAAGUGGACAACUUGUGUGACUACCAGCGUUGCAAAACGAAAACUAACUUAAUGGGACAGAAUUGUGACCAUUGCAAGAAGAGAUUUUGCUUCAAACACGGCCUUCCCGAAGUACAUGGAUGCGGGGAAGCAGUGAAACAGGAGGAGCGAAAGAAUUUCCUCAAGCCAAAGCCUCUGAAAACUGUUCGACAUGAGCAGGAUUUAGCUAAGGCGAAGGUGAAGUUAAAUGCUAAGCUGAAGGAUAUGCAAGUUGGACGAAUGCCGAAGCCAAGUGGAAGUGGUGCUGCUGGAGCAUCAAGUGGCGGUAGUUCUGGAGCUGGGAAGAAGAAAAAACCAAAAUAGUUCAACUAUUUGUCGCCAGAUGUAGUAACAAAACGUCAACCAAUUGUGAAUAGUUCUCAAAUGUCAUAAUCAGCUGCCAAUCUGUCACCAAACUUGAAAUUGAAGUUAAAAGAGAAAAUAAAGCUCACACGAAAUUAAACAAAAAUAAAUUAUUUUCACCCGAGAAAAACGCUAUUAUUACUUAAAAUCUUUCCUAAAUAAAACAUAUAUUUAAAUGAGUA